GCCAGUUAGAAUACAAUUACCCAAAAAGAAACUUGGAAAACUCCCCCCUGCAUUGUUCCCAUCCACACAAACAAAUAUUUAUUACUGAAUAACUGAAUAUCACCAAGAACUCAAUAACUCAACAAUGGAGAAACAAGAAGAAGUGAUUCUACUGGAUUUCUGGGCAAGCAUGUAUGGGAUGAGGGUCAGGAUAGCACUUGCUGAAAAGGGCGUUUCAUACGAACACAGAGAAGAAGAUUUGAGGAACAAGAGCCAGCUUCUCUUGGAGAUGAACCCGGUUCACAAGAAAAUUCCGGUUCUCAUACACAAUGGCAAACCAAUCUGCGAGUCUAGCAUCAUUGUUGAAUAUAUCGAUGAAGUCUGGAAAGAUAAAACUUCAUUGUUUCCUUCUGAUGCUUAUGGCAAAGCUCGUGCCAGGUUCUGGGCCGACUUUAUUGACAAAAAGGUAUUCCAACCUGGGAGGACUUUGUUGUACACAGCAAAAGGUGAAGAACAUGAGGCAGCAAGAAAAGAUCUCAUGGAUUCCCUUAAACUGAUUGAAGGAGAGCUUGGAGACAAGCCUUACUUUGGAGGUGAGAGCUUUGGCUACGUUGAUGUGUGUUUGAUUCCGUUUUAUACACGGUUUCGAGCCUAUGAAACGUUUGGGGAAUUGAACGUUGAAGGCGAGUGUCCAGCGUUGACUGCGUGGGCUAAAAGUUGCAUUCAGAACAAGGAAAGUGUGUCUAAUGUUCUUCCUGAGUCGCUAAAGAUGCUUGGCUUAGUUCAACAGAUGAGGAAGAUACGUGGAGUCGAUGAGUAGAACUUCCAAGUAUCAAACCAAGUAUAUAUGUUGUUAAACCUUUCGAUCAUGUAUCGGUGUCUUUUACUUCGCUUUCUUGUGAAAAUCACUUUUGAUGCC